GUACGUGACUCGGUGAGAACAGUCCCUGGAGCCGCGCCCAGCACCGUGUGUGCGCGGUUUGUUUACGUCCCCCGCUGGCGUGCGUGCGCGUGUGUUCGCUGGGAGCGCCCUGGGUUCCUCGGGCUGCGUGCGCACCGUGUACUUCGGGGUUUGUGUUUGUGUGUGGCCGCACGCGCUCCCUGGAGACUGACACUAGCCCGGUGUACCUUGAAGUGGGUGCGCACGGGUGUCCACUGGAGCAAAUGCGGAAUAAGGAGCCGAGUGAAGGAAGUGGCCCAGUCGGUGGUCACGCCAGGCCUCCAGCCCAGAGGGCACCUUCUGCGAAAAUGUCCGUGGAUCCCUUAUCCAGCAAAGCCCUGAAGGUCAAGCGCGAGCUGAGCGAGAACACACCGCACCUGUCGGAUGAGGCGCUGAUGGGGCUGUCAGUGCGCGAGCUGAACCGCAACCUGCGCGGGCUGUCGGCGGAGGAGGUGACCCGGCUGAAGCAGCGGCGCCGCACACUCAAGAACCGCGGCUACGCGGCCAGUUGCCGCGUGAAGCGCGUGUGCCAGAAGGAGGAGCUGCAGAAGCAGAAGUCGGAGCUGGAGCGCGAGGUGGACAAGCUGGCGCGCGAGAACGCCGCCAUGCGCCUGGAGCUCGACGCGCUGCGCGGCAAGUGUGAGGCGCUGCAGGGCUUCGCGCGCUCCGUGGCCGCCGCCCGUGGGCCCGCGGCGCUGGUGGCACCCGCCAGCGUCAUCACUAUCGUCAAGUCGACGCCAGGCCCCUCCCCUGCUCCUGACCCUGCCCCCUGCUCCUAGUACCCGCCCUACCCCUGGAAAACUUCCCUUCCCAAAGUGCCUGAGUGCCUUCCUCUCGCGGUCUCCCGUUUUAUCUGCCACCGCUACCCACUGUGAUGUCUUCACAUUCCUUUCCUGGGCUCUUUCUAACUCUUGCAGGCCCUCAGACUGGGACCUGAUGGCCCUGGGAAGGGGCACCUUUGCUAAGUUGGGGGGAGGGCGUUGGGGUUCUGGGUUUCCCUGGGUUGAAAGUCUGUCUCAGAUUGGAAGGGAGGGGGUAUAGAAAUGGCGAGAAGAGCUGGUGGGAGAGGCUUUGGAAUGUGCCAGCAUGCCCUUCCGACCCUCCCAGGACUCAGGAGUAGGUGUGGCCUUGUGGGGCUGCCACGCCACCCUGUGAAGCAGAACUCAAAAAAGCCUCCCAACUCUGCUUGGGACCUGGGAAUGUCAGACUUUCCCAGGCUAAUUAAGCUCAGUUGACACAUGGGGAAGCUGUCGGGCAAAAAAAAAAAAAAAAAAACAAAACAAAACAAAACAAAAAA